CGGAACUGACCAAUGGCAGGGACCAAUGGUUAUUUCCUGAUAUCAAGAAACGUCCCGAAUUGAUGUCUGCGCACGCACCAUAUCGUCCAGAGCGAGUCGAAUGGUUUCAUUUCUGUGCCUGUAAAUGAAAGUGGGAUUGAAUUUUUACAAUAUGAGGUCUGACUCCCUGUAGACUGUGAUGGCUCCAGGCGACAUGGUGCCGGAGCAUGCCAAGCAGAAGAAGGAGAACCGUCAGAGCACCACCACCACCACCAGGCCCGAUGGAGACUCUGAGCCCGACGGAUCCUUUGUCUUUGAGGCCUAUGAGGCAUGGAAGGACUUCCACGACUCCCUGAGGCAGUUCUACGAAGUGGGGGAGCUCUGUGAUGUCACACUGAAGGUUGGCAGCAGGCUGAUACCAUGCCACAAGCUGGUGCUGGCUUGUGUCAUCCCUUACUUCAGGGCCAUGUUCCUGUCCGAGAUGUCCGAGGCCAAACAGGACCUGAUUGAGAUCAAGGACUUUGACGGCGACGCCAUCCACGACCUGGUGCGUUUCGCCUACUCCUCCCGUCUGACCCUGACAGUGGACAACGUACAGCCCCUCCUCUACGCAGCCUGUAUACUGCAGGUAGAGUUGGUAGCCAGAGCCUGCUGUGAGUACAUGAAGGCCCACUUCCACCCCUCCAACUGCCUGGCUGUCCGCACCUUUGCCGAGAGCCACAACCGCGUCGACCUGAUGGACAUGGCAGAUCGCUACGCUUGCGAGCACUUCCGGGAAGUGGUGGACUGCGAGGACUUCCCGUGCGUGUCGCCUCCUCACCUGAGAACCCUGUUGUCCUCCAGUGAUCUGAACAUUCACUCUGAGACUCAGGUGUACACCGCUGCUGUCAAGUGGUUGAAGAAUAACCCUCAACACCACGAGGCCUGGCUGCAGCAGAUCAUGACUCAGGUGCGUCUCCCCUUGCUCCCAGUAGACUUCCUGACGGCCACGGUGGCCAAAGAGGAGAUGAUCAGAGGGAACCUGAGCUGCAGAGAUCUGCUGGAUGAGGCCAGGAACUAUCACCUGCAUCUCAGCAACAAGGUGGUCCCGGACUUUGAGUAUUCAGUCAGAACAACGCCUAGGAAACACACUGCAGGUGUGUUGUUCUGUGUGGGUGGGCGGGGUGGUUCUGGUGACCCGUUCCGCAGCAUCGAGUGUUACUCCAUCAGCAAGAACAGCUGGUUCUUUGGACCUGAGAUGAACAGUAGGAGACGACAUGUUGGAGUCAUCUCUGUAGGAGGUAAAGUGUAUGCAGUAGGGGGGCAUGAUGGUAGUGAACACCUGGGCAACAUGGAGAUGUUUGAUCCUCUCACCAACAAGUGGAUGAUGAAGGCUUCCAUGAACACUAAGAGAAGGGGCAUAGCUCUGGCAGCUCUGGGAGGUCCUAUCUACGCCAUCGGAGGCCUAGAUGACAACUCGUGCUUCAACGACGUGGAGAGAUACGAUAUCGAGAGCGACCGCUGGACUGCUGUGGCGUCCAUGAACACACCCAGAGGAGGGGUGGGCUCUGUGGCCUUAGGGAGUCAUGUGUACGCUGUGGGAGGUAACGACGGUGUGGCCUCUCUGUCCAGUGUGGAGAGGUUUGACCCCCACCUCAACAAGUGGACAGAGGUCAGGGAGAUGGGCCAGAGACGAGCAGGGAACGGAGUCAGUGAGCUGAACGGGUGCCUCUAUGUCGUGGGCGGUUUUGAUGACAACUCCCCGCUGAGUUCCGUGGAACGUUUGGACCCCCGUCUGUGCCGCUGGAACUACGUCUCUGAGCUGACCACGCCCCGAGGCGGAGUGGGCGUGGCCACGGUCAUGGGUCGAGUGUUCGCAGUCGGUGGCCACAACGGAAACAUUUAUCUUAACACAGUGGAGGCCUUCGACCCCCGUAUGAACAGAUGGGAGCUGGUGGGGUCUGUCUCUCACUGCCGGGCAGGAGCCGGAGUGGCCGUCUGUUCCACUCACAUCAGCCAGAUCAGAGACGUGGGCCAGGGCUCCAGCAACGUGGUCGACUGCAUGUGACCGCUGUCUGACCACAGGCUGACCCGGGAAAACUGCACAAGAUCAGACGUGCACAGAACAGCACCCAUCCCACGCACAGCCACAAGCACUCAAUCACACUGCACCGGACACUGACUAGGAGCAGCUGUCCUUAAAGCAGCACUUCCCUUUAGCACUGAUUGUAAUGUAACCAGUCUCACUAUGUUAGGUGGUGUGCAUUGUUAUUAUUCAGCUGAAGACACUUCUCGGACUGAACCUUAUCAGUGGAGGACUGAUCUACAAACAAUCCAUAUAUUUUCUCUUUUUGUGAUGUUUACAGAUGCAAUUCAGUGAUUGGUGUAUUUUGAAAAAAAUUAUAGAUUUUCUUUGCGUUUUGACUGCUUUGGAACUUUAUCGAAAGAAAAUAGCUGACUGAUCGUUGCGCUUUAGAUGUCUCAUUAGACAGGCCUUGCAUAUCAACUUGUAUAUUUUUAAGAGCAACCGGUUAGUACCUACGUUCUGUCAGACCUCACUUUCACAAUCAUCACUGUCUGAACCGGUUAGUACCUACGUUCUGUCAGACCUCACUUUCACAAUCAUCACUGUCUGAACCGGUUAGUACCUACGUUCUGUCAGACCUCACUUUCACAAUCAUCACUGUCUGAACCGGUUAGUACCUACGUUCUGUCAGACCUCACUUUCACAAUCAUCACUGUCUGAACCGGUUAGUACCUACGUUCUGUCAGACCUCACUUUCACAAUCAUCACUGUCUGAACCGGUUAGUACCUACGUUCUGUCAGACCUCACUUUCACAAUCAUCACUGUCUGAACCGGUUAGUACCUACGUUCUGUCAGACCUCACUUUCACAAUCAUCACUGUCUGAACCGGUUAGUACCUACGUUCUGUCAGACCUCACUUUCACAAUCAUCACUGUCUGAACCGGUUAGUACCUACGUUCUGUCAGACCUCACUUUCACAAUCAUCACGGUCCUAACCGGUUAGUACCUACGUUCUGUCAGACCUCACUUUCACAAUCAUCACUGUCUGAACCGGUUAGUACCUACGUUCUGUCAGACCUCACUUUCACAAUCAUCACUGUCUGAACCGGUUAGUACCUACGUUCUGUCAGACCUCACUUUCACAAUCAUCACUGUCUGAACCGGUUAGUACCUACGUUCUGUCAGACCUCACUUUCACAAUCAUCACUGUCUGAACCGGUUAGUACCUACGUUCUGUCAGACCUCACUUUCACAAUCAUCACGGUCCUAACCGGUUAGUACCUACGUUCUGUCAGACCUCACUUUCACAAUCAUCACUGUCUGAACCGGUUAGUACCUACGUUCUGUCAGACCUCACUUUCACAAUCAUCACUGUCUGAACCGGUUAGUACCUACGUUCUGUCAGACCUCACUUUCACAAUCAUCACUGUCUGAACCGGUUAGUACCUACGUUCUGUCAGACCUCACUUU